UGGGUUGAAGUCUGAGUUGUUUGCAAUCGCAGCUUGCCUUGUCUUGCCUUCUACGACUACAAAUUCCCUGAAAAUGGCCUCGGAAGAUGAUGAUGUUUCAAGAGGGUUUUGUGACUAUGUUCUGACAGUUUUGUCUUUCCUUAUCUUUAUUUGUACUCUGCCUUUCUCAUUGUGUUUUACUUUGAAGAUUGUGCAGGAAUAUGAGAGAGCGGUUAUGUUCCGUCUUGGUCGAUUACUUCCUGGAGGAGCUAAAGGGCCAGGGUUAUUCUUUAUUCUGCCCUGUAUUGACUCUUAUCAGAAGGUGGAUUUGAGGACAGUGUCAUUUGAUGUCCCACCUCAGGAGAUUCUGACCAAAGACAGUGUGACUGUUGCAGUGGAUGCAGUUGUUUACUUCCGCAUCAGUGACCCAACCAUGUCAGUCACUAAUGUGGAAAAGGCUGAUCAGUCAACUCGUCUGCUUGCACAGACAACACUGCGAAAUUUCCUUGGCACCAAAAAUCUCAGUGAAAUUUUGGCAGACCGUGAAGAGAUCAGCCAUGCUAUGCAGACUUCUCUCGAUACUGCCACAGAUCCUUGGGGUGUAAAAGUGGAACGUGUUGAAGUGAAAGAUGUGCGUCUUCCUCAACAACUGCAGAGAGCCAUGGCAGCAGAGGCUGAAGCUACUCGUGAUGCUCGUGCAAAGGUCAUUGCUGCUGAAGGUGAACAAAAUGCAUCUCGUGCACUGAAGGAAGCUGCUGACAUCAUUUCAGAGUCACCCUCUGCUCUUCAGCUGCGAUACCUGCAGACAUUGACAUCCAUCUCAGCUGAGAAGAAUUCCACUAUUAUUUUCCCACUCCCCGUUGACUUUCUGAGCAGAUUUUUGCCAGAUGAAAAGAAAUGACUAGGCAGCCAAAAACAAGAAAUUGAAGAACGCUCUUCUGAAUCACCAUUGACUGAAGUUAGUGUUCUGUAAACAAAACUUGUUCUGUGAACAUUUUGAAAAUAGUUUACACAGUGUUGUAUAUAAUCCUGCUUUUACCUCAGCAAGCAGUUAUUUAUAAUUUUGAUCAAUAUAUGGGAAUCUUAAGAUUAUUUUAACUCAAUAUAUCAGCCAAUAUCAAUCUUGUCAACUACAUUUUCCUUGUUGAAAAAUAUAUUGUAAUGAUGACAAAAUUGAUUAAAAAAAAUUGAUUGAAAAGCAAUCUGAAUUAAAACAUAUACCCUGCUGUGAGUAUAAGAUAGUAGAAUAAAUGGGAAAUUCCAAUAGUGCAUGGGGUGUAGUCAAUUAGGAAUCACAAAUUAGAAGUGUUCAGAUCUCUUUCCUAUUGAGUGCUGUUGAACCAAAUUAAAGUUAUAGCCUCAGGGGAUCAGAGCAGAGAUAACCUUCCCAAUGAACCAACGAGGACUCAAAGUCUGUACACUAACAGAAAAUACCAAGCAGAUACAUCAAGAGUGCUCUUGUGUCAGUCACUUUGCCACAUAUAUUUUAGUUUAGCUCUUGGUUUGUCAUUAAGAUGGUUACCAAUCACAGACUAAACCUACCCGAUCCUAGAUUACUUUCAACACUCAGAAAAAAAUUUGUACUGACCCUGUUGGGACUUAAAAAAAUUUUUUUAGCAUUUUGCACAUUACUAAUCGGUGGUCUGUUGUUGUUUUUUUUUUUACCAACAUUUGUUUUUUAUUAUGCUAGUUUUGCGAUAGAAGCGUUUUUUUUCCUUUCAUGUUCAUAGUUGUCAUGUUACUGUACGAUGUGAUAGGACUGUUAGACAAGUAUUAUCAUAUGCAGCUGUCAUGAAGACAGUAUGGAAAACUGAUCAUUCUGUCUGAAGUCUGCUCAUAUGUCUGACAAAACUUAAAUGCUGUUUACUAUUUAAGAACAUCAAAAUAUAACAUUCACAUAAACCAACCAUGUGUAGAUUAAAGAUAAGAUUUAUAUUCAAUUGAGAAUCAUUGACUGUUUAGCAUCAAUACUUAAAGCAUCAGAGCUUUCCUAGGAAAAAUUUUUAUAUAAUUUACUUCUUAUGAAUAGAAGUUACAUGUACUGACAAUUCUCAAGGGUGAAAGUAUAAAGCUGCUUGCUGACAUUUUUUUUUAAAAUACUUGCUAAUUUGUGCCAAUUUUGUAUCAUUUUGCAAAUUGGGAUGUCCCUUGUUCUAAACUGUCCAAAUACAGUAGCGUUAGAUAUAAAAUAUUGUUGAACCAGUAAUUGAUGUUAAAUGUCAACAAUUGAAGUAAAAAUUAAAGCUAACAUAUGGUUAAA